AUGUUUGACAUAACAAAUGCAAACGUUGGUGAAACAAGAAGAAGAGACGACACACUGAAACAACAGAGAAGAGAGAUGUUUAAGAGCGCUAUAGAACAAGUUCGCAAAGCUAACGAUGUCCUUCGUUCCAUUGACGACAAACCAAAAGAAGGUGAGAGAUGGUUAAAGAAAGAUGAAGAGAAUAGGAAGAGGAAUGUUAAGACAGGCAAUAGACUCAUUGACUUUAACAUCGAAGCUUUAGAUGAACCAAACAGAGACUACUUACACAAACAUUUCGGUAAGGUUUUCAUGAGACUCUUAGAGAAAAUUAAAAUAAACUCACAACAGAGAUGGAUGGUAUGUUAUAAACUUGGUGGAAAGUAUGAAUGUUCUACGUUAAACCUCAAUAAUAUUGGAACAUUACUACAUCAGCUCUUGAAGGAGAACUUUAUAUCAGAGAUAGAAGCAAAUGCUGCAGGUAUUGUUGAAAUGCACUAUGACUUCUUCUUGACAAACAUAAAGAAUCUUACUGAAAUAAAGAUGUAUGAUUUAACAGAAUAUGAAGGCUUAACGAUGUCAGAUGUAAAGAAAGGCAAACCAAAAAAGAGACCAUAUAGAGAUGAAAGCACACUGACAAAUGACCAGAAAGCCAUUUUGGAAGCUCUUAAGCAAA